GGAAGCACCCGCGAUGACAUGUACCUUGGAAGUCAACAUCACCUCAUGCUCGCAUCACUCCACCUACGUCCUUAAAUCCACAACAGCGAUUACUGGCCCUCGAUUUCACGCAAAAAGGUACAUGCAACAAAUAAGAUCUGAACUCUCAGCCUAAUUGAAGCUUCCAAUCACAGAUCAACAGGACUAUUCCUGGUCAAGAUUAUCAACCAUUCACAAAGGCGCCACAACUACCAGGUUAUUGCGACGGUCAAGGAUAGUAUUUCCCGGCCGUAAUGUCUGGAAUCACCUCAUAUUUGGUCAACGCAUUAUCGUCUGUUGUCUUUGGACCAUCACAAAACAAUAUGGACCCCGCCACCUCAUUCUAUGAGGCCGACAGAUACGUUCCAAGCAUCGAAGAUGUCAUUGCUACGAAAGAUACCCUGUUCGAGAGAUUCAAGCUUCCGAUAGAGCUCAUAGACACAAUUAUCGACUUUGCAGAAUAUUUCCCACGCACGACAAUGUGCCGCACGGGAGGAGAGCUCCAUGUUCGAUCUGGUGGAUCAGGUUUGGGGGGACACUCCGAGAAUCGAUUUCUAUUGAGAUCCUUCCCUUUGGGAUAUGUCCCUAAGAAGAACUUACCUAACACCUGCUCCAUGAACACGAGGAGUCAAGCUUACCCCACCAUACCUGCCACUCCAUGGCAAGACUCCUCGGGACUUCCUCGCGACAUUACGGAAGAUAUGAUGGAGCGGUGGGCGCUCGAGAGUCGAAUACGGGGAGAGCAUCCAUGCCGCAAGAUUGUCUUCACACUCGUCAGCCAUGAUCAGGGAUGGGGAGGCGAGGGAAACCAGAAGGGAACAUACAAAGGCUCCUAUACCUGGUUUGAUGUUGGAAAGGAAAGGAUACAUCUUUCCCAAGACAAAUCAACGAUUACUUCUGAGAAGCCAGAAACGUUUCCUACUAUGUUACCUGAACACGGCUCCUCAUCAUGGACCAAGGAUAAUCAGCCACUAGCCUGCACAGUCGAGACCAUCCAACCAAGUGCUCAUUCAUCUAUCCCAAAUCGUUUCGAGUUCCCUCUCAACCCGACUUGGGACCAUCUUCAGAAAAAUCGGACAGCUACUAAGGAAGCCGAAGAAUACCAGAUUGUCUGGUCCUGCGAUGACAACGUUGAUCCGAACUCAUUGGAAGGCAAGGCUUUGGAGAAUCAAGGAAGAGGGAGGAAUACUGCAAAUGGACAGUUUGUGAGAGACUUGAAGGUUGGGGAUAUUGUCACUGUCUGGGGAAAGGCCCGGUUUCCGGGCUGGGUCAACAUGAUUGAGACUGUACGGAUUGAUGUUUACUGGCGGGUUUGAGAACACAUUACUGUCACGACCCAUCAAUGCAUGAUCCUGAUGACAAUUUGAGUUGAAGUUAUUGUUAAGUGAAAAUCCAAAGAGAUCAAACGCCGCUAGCCUGACGCUGGACUGAUAUGGGAUGAUUACAAAGACAUUCUUCAAAAGAUAUAGAUACUGAUUCGGAACUAAACAGUCUAAUUACAUUUUCUCCUCCUAUCUAAAGAUACAUCCGCUUCUUCUGAGUUGUACUCCUCCUUGGAUCUGAUGACGGAGGAGCACGAGCACUAAUACUUUCCCUUGCGGAAGUAAUUGGCUUCUCCAUAUCUGUCGCAGCAGCUUUUCGAGACCUGCGGAAAGACGUGGUCGUUGAAUUUCCGGGACUCGAUGUCUGUGCAGCCUUCUUCGUCGCUUCCUUACUUGAUAGCCAAGAUGACCCAUCACACGCUAGAUCCGUCUUGAUGACAAAGGAGAGGAAAUCCGAGGGAGAGGAAGUAGAGGGCUUGAUGGGGUUCUUCUUCCUUAUCGUCGAUAUUCCAGCAGUCCCUCCUUCCAGAUUCUCAAGAGUGGAUAUACCGCGACUUGUACUCGAGCUUGGCAGGACAGUCGUUGUGCUGAUUUUCGUCACGGUCGUCGUGACCAUAAUCGUGCUAGGGUUCGUAUCUAUACCUCCAUCAUGCUCAUGUGGAUACACAUCGCUGAGAUGGCCAUACAUGAACGACAGUAUGACCAAGCCUAGUAGCGGGUAUCGAAGAUAGCUUAAUGCUGAAUCAAUGACGCGGAACGCGGCGAUGAGAGCACGUAAAGGAAGGGUAUAGAGUGAUUUGAAGGUGUUGUGUGUAGAGAGACCUAUUUCCUGGAGGGCCCAUCUCUCCCUCAAGGAUUCUGAAGUGAUAUCUGGGGGAUCUGGGUAGCAGUUAGUUUAUGAAGUGUAGAAAUGCACCGGGGUAGAUGGGAAGGCGUGGAAGGUACCGUAUACGGAAGGUUUGUUCUCUUUGACUGGAAGCAAAGGCUGGGAAUCAGGAUCAUCGAUGUUUACUACACUCUUGCGAUGUUUACGAUUAGUGAUAGCCGUCGUGUCUUUUCCUGUCGUAAUUGCUGCCAUGUUUGCGAGACGUGCGUGUAUCAGCGUUGAUCACUUCGGCG